GUGCGUGCUCCUCUCUCUUUCUCUCUCUGCAUUUACCACCCUGUUCUGUGAUCACACGGCACAGCAUUUUCCACCAAGAGCUGCGUGUCUGUGUGCGUGUCUGUGUCUGUGAGUGUGAGAAGAGAACGUGCGUCACCUGCGAAGCCACUCCAUCCUCCUCGCCUCGCCUCGAGAGCGUUCUGCUCCACGUAUCGUUGUCGUGGGCCCUUCUUUGUUGACAUCAUAUUUAUAUAUUUCCACUGAACGUUUGCCGUGCCCACCCAUGAGCUCGUUGCCGACUCUCGUGUUCGUGUACGGUACGCUGCUGCGCGGCGAGAACAACUACCCGUACUGGCUCGCAGAAGCGGCCGAGGCGGUCUUCAUUGCGCGUGCCCGUACGGUGCAUCGCUACCCUCUCUUCGUGAAUUUUCUGCCAGAGCAGAUUGACUGCUCUCCGUGUGUGCUGGAUCUUCCGGACUGCAACGUGACGGGCUGUGCGCAGGUGGAAGGCGAACUCUUCGCGGUGUCGGACAAAAUGAAGGCGUGGCUCGACGUCCUGGAGGAUAUCUCCGGUGGCACCUACGUGUCGGUAGCGACCGCGAUUGAGGUCUGCGAGGCCCCCAGUGCGUCCUACCGUCAACGCGCCGGCAGCAUUCCCCACGCCAUCCCGUGCCCAACGACGGCGUCCGCGGAGCUGGCGGUGGUCACCGCCGCGCUGUACUUCCGUGCAAAAAAUUAUCCGUCGGACUGGGCCGCACCGUCGCCGAAGAGCAGCUCCAAGUUGCUGGUCAAGUUUUCCGCUGCGGAGAUGCUACGGACGUACGGGAAGCGCUUCAACGGCGGUCUGCCGGCGCACCUCCGCGACGGCCCCAGCGGUACUACGGCUGUGGCGAUGCAGAAGGAGCUGAAUGCGUUGCCGGAGGCGUAUUGGCCGCCGUCGACGCGGGCCUACCACACCAUGGCUGCGCGCCACCCCGACGUGCCGACGCCCUCGCACGGCGCCCCCCUUUUCCCGAAGCCGAUGGUGCUCUUCAUCAUUGACGGCAUCGGCGACAACACCUACAGUGAGCUAGGCCGCCGGACGCCGCUGGAGGUGGUAGCCGGCGUUCCCGCCGUUGCCCCGCUCGCCGCGUCGAGCGCAGGACCCGUUUUCUCGGUAGUGGAGGAGGUGCUGCCCGUAGCGGAGGUAGAGCCGUGCAAUACAGCAGCUGCUGCUGCGCUGCGGGCGACGGUGAAUACGCACGUGACGCCGGGCAUCAACAUCGUCGCGCGACACGGUGUAAACGGCGUGAUGGACCCCUACAUGGCCGGAAAGAGCUGCGGCAGCGACACCGCCCAUCUCAGCCUGUUCGGCUACCCGCCAACGAUGUACUACCGCGGCCGUGGUGCCUACGAGGCGCUCGGGGCAGGGUUGGAGCUGGAGGACGAGGACGUUGCCUUCAAGAGCAAUUUCUCCACCUUUGCCGAUCCCGCAGAGGAGUUGUGCGGCGACGAGGACCCAGCGUUGGAGGCGAAGGCUAUUGCCACCACAGCGCCGACCGAUCAAUACGUCACGCACCGCCGCUGCGACCGCGACUUCACCCAGGAAGGCCCGCUGCUGUGUCAGGACCUGAACGGCAUGACGGUGCCGUGCGAUCUCCACGGCGUCCCCUUUGACUACCCGCACACCAUCAAAAUGCAAUACGCGACGGAGCACCGCUGCGGGGUGGCGCUGAGCGGGGCCCGCCGCGUUCUUCACGCUGACGGCACCUCCGCGCAGGUGCUGGGCAUGCUGUCGGACAAAAUCACCGGCACCGACCCCUUGAAGGACGGCCGUCUACUGCUGCACUGCACGCCAACGGUGGCGGAGGACCACCCCGAGUACGCGGCGGCGCUCUACACGUGUCGGCUGGUCGAGGCCGCGUCGGCGGCGCUGACGAAGCGGCUGAGGUCGCACCCGGUCAACGACGCCCGUCGCCAGCACAACCGCAACGCAGCUGCAGCGCAUGCAAGUAAUGCAGACUCCACAGGCAGCCCUGCUGCUGCGCGGAAAAACAUCGCCAACCUCAUUUUGUUUCGUGGCGCGGCCAAGAAAGGGUGGGUGCCGACCUUUGCGGUGCGCCACGGCCUCUGCGGACUGAUUUUGGCCCCCACCUGCAUCAUUAAAGGGCUCGGCAUCUGCUGCGGACUGCGCGGCGAGGUCUGUGCGGCUUGCGACCCGUCCGGGCAGGCGUCCCUGCGCGGGGCUACUGGUGACUACCAUUCCGACUUGAUGGUGAAGGUGCGCGCGGCAUUGCACGCCCUGCGUAUCGAGUGCCCAAAGGCGCAUGAAGGCGCCGUGACCCAUUCCCUUUCCACUGCCACUGCCGCCGAAGAGGUCAGCCACAUCGCGGAUGUGCAUUACAACUUCGUUGUUGUCCACGUGAAGGGCGUGGACGACGCGGGCCACGACAAGAGUCUUGCGCAGAAACUGGAGAUGCUGCGCCGGUCUGGACUCGCGUUGGAGGCGCUGUGGGAGGCACUGCCCGCCGGCUCCACCGUGGCCGUGAUCGCAGAUCACUCCACCCCGCUCGCUGUGGGUGAUCACUGCUGCGAGCCGGUGCCUGUGUCCGUCGCGGUGAAAGGUGCGGGGCCGACCGAAGGAGACGGCGCGGCGACGACGUCCGCGGCGGGUCCGUGCGACGCUGUGCAGCUCUACAGCGAGGUUUUGGCAGCGUCUGGGGCCUUGGGUCGCUUCCGCGGCGACGAGCUGAUCCCGCUCAUGAAGCACGUGCAUCACCACUACCACUACACCUAA